ACAGACCUUAAAAUGUCUGACUCCCUCAUCAGUGCCCUAACUUACUGAACUAGGGAGUUGGUUGAGACAUAACCCUAAAUCUGUUCUCGUGAAGGUUUGACCCUGACAGGAUGCCGUAAUGUUUGUGUUCGGUGGUGACGAAAAUGGCGGACGAACUGGACAGAGUACGAAUUUCUGAGGCUGAAUUACGGGCAGAGGCGUCGAGUAUUGUUACACAUAGAGACAACUUGAAAGAAGUGCAAAUGACAAGUAAAAAACAUAAAGAGGGGAAAAGGCCAGACCUCCAGAGGUACAAUCCCAGCACAGUACAGACACGCUGCUUCAAGGAGAGAUGUGAAGGAGAUGUACUAGCAAUUUCCACUGAGCCUAUAUAUACUUCAGAGGAGUCUGUGUCAGAUCCUGCCAUUAAAAUGCCUGCCAGCUCUCUACCAGGUUCAAGCCUGAAAUUCACCAGCAGUGAUUGCCAGUCUGAACUAAGCAAUUUUAAUUUUGACUGUAAUGAUGGCAGUGCAUAUUUCAGUCGUCAACAUGCCAGGAGGAACACUGUUAAAAAUAGUGAACUAUCAAGUACUGGAACACCUGGUUCACAGAAACUACGGAAAAUGCGCAAGCCUGACCGUGAGAUAUACCAGCCUGGUGGGCGUAGGGGUCAAGGUUCUAGAGACUAUGGGCCUCCUAAGGAGUUGGAGCAGGUAUCACAAGAAGUGGUUAAGGCAGAGGAUACUACAUGUAAUGGGUUGAUGGGCUUAGUUGACCAACAUAAGGAUAUGCAUCUGGAAGAGGAAAAAAGAAAUGGGAGGGAAAUCAAGGAUAGCAGCAAAAAACAGGUGCAUGGAAAACAAAAGAAAUUAGACUUGUCUUCUUCAAACUAUGCUCAGCCUACUGUUAACAGUAUAACUGAUAAGGUGGGGAAACUUAACAUUAACAGCCCCACAGCCAUAGUUAAAGAAAAGAAGAAUGAAGAAGGUGGUAGGAGACGUUUAAGUGGUGAGGGCUCUAACUACAGAACAGGAAGAGCAGUGGGAGGAACAGGUGACCUGAAUGAGAGGAAGGAGCAGGAACGACGAAGGUCCAGAGGGGGCAGGGAGAGAGGGUCCAAUCAAGCUUCAGUAAAGAGGGAGGAAGGAGAGGGUGGUGAAAAAUGUCUACUGACACAUCAGCUAGAGAAAAACAGAGAGCCAAAGGUAGAAGGAAGAUUUCAGAGGGAUGUGAAAGGAAAAGAUGUUAGCCAAGACCAGAACUUUAAAAACGAAAAACACAGAGGCAAACAGCCAAUAGAAAGAGAUAGUGAAAGGUGCAGAAAAGCUCAAGGAACACAACAUAGCACGGUCAACUGUUCUUCAAAGCGCUAUUCCAAAUCAGACAUCAGACGGUCUCGAAUCCGGACGUACAGCACAAGUUCAGCCAGCAGUGGCACAAGCAUGGAUGGGCCAAUAGAAUCUGAAACACGCAGGGCUAAUGCAGGAUGCUGGGUGGGAGAAAGAGGGCCAAUGUAUAAGUCUCAUGAAAGGAUGAUUGAGGAGAUGGACCAGGCCACAGCAGACAAGUCCAUACAAAGGAGAAGGACAGCCAAAGACAUGUCGUCCACAGAUUCCUUUGAGGAGAAUGAGGGAAUGGAGAGAGAUGGAAAAGGAGGCCUCAAAGCCAAAGCAGAUCAGAAUGAUAGUAGAACAUCAAAAAGGAACAACAGAGUAUUGAGAGGAGCUUCGAUUGGUGGUCAAGUAGGAGUCUUGAGAGUUUCUCUGGACAGACAGUCUGGCACAGCCUCAGGAACCAGGGAGGACCAAACCAAGUGUAAAAAUCAAAGUCAUAGAGGCAGAGGCAUUCUGGUACUCCCAACAAGCACUGAAUUAACCACUUCCUCGGAACCUGGACCUCAGCUUAUGUGUGGGGCAAGAAGUAGCAUUGGCCUAGGUAGAGGAAGAGGCAGUCGUGGUGGAAGUACUAGGCGGUUGUGGGACCCUAAUAAUCCUCAUAAGAAACCAGCUCUGUCAGGCAGCCAGCAAUCCCAGCAGUCAUCUCUCCGACAGCCACUGUAUUUGCAGCAUCAAGGCGGAUACGGGCCACUGCACUUUCUGGACACUGAUGAUGAAGCUGCUGGGAGCCCUCCUGUGCUCCAGGGGGAGGACUUUCAGGGCCAACAUGCUGCCACCAUGGCUUAUUACAAAUAUCAGAAUACUGACAACCCUUACUGCUACCGGUUACCAACCAACUCUCCAAACACACCUCCAUGCUACACCUAUUCCUAUCAGCUCCCAUACCAGUUACCUGGCUCUAAUGGGAUGUUCCCGAAUCCAGGCAUGGCACCUUUUUAUGGAGUAUAUGGACUCAGUGGUCAAGUUUACCCCCCUACAGUCAUCACCUUUAGCCCAGAGGAAACAGAGGUACAGACAAGAGGGGAACUCGGCAAACUUCUGCGAAUGGCUGACAGCCAGGAACUCCAGCUCAGCAACCUGCUGUCCAGGGAACGACUUAGUCGAGAAGGACUAGACAGAAUGGCCCAGCUGAGAGCUGAGCUCCUGACAUUAUAUGAGAGUGUAAUUCUAACAGACAUCGAGUUCUCUGACACACAGAAUGUGGACCAAUUACUGUGGAAGAAUGUGUUUUAUCAGGUCAUUGAGAGAUUCAGACAACUUCUGAAAAACCAGGAUUCAGAUACAGCUCCCCAGAUUAGGGCCAUGCUUCUAACCAUACUGGAAGAGGGGGCAAUGUUUUUUGAUUCACUGCUAUUGAAGUUACAAACUGUAUUCCAGUUUAAACUAGAAGACUACAUGGAUGGAAUGGCAAUACGUGCAAAACCUCUACGAAAGACUGUGAAAUAUGCAUUGAUUAGUGCCCAGCGGUGUAUGAUCUGUCAAGGUGAUGUCGCAAGAUAUAGAGAACAAGCAAAUGAAUCUGCCAAUUUUGGCAAAGCACGCAGUUGGUACCUGAAAGCGCAGCAGAUUGCACCAAAAAAUGGACGACCUUACAACCAGCUUGCUGUGUUGGCAGUGUACACAAAGCGGAAGCUGGAUGCUGUGUAUUACUACAUGCGUAGCCUGGCUGCCAGCAACCCAAUCCUCACAGCCAAGGAGAGCCUGAUGAGUCUGUUUGAAGAAGCCAAGCGCAAGCACACAUUACAUGGAGAAUACAAGGCUGAGCAGACUGAGUACAGACUGAAGGAGGAUGUGGAAAGUGGCCCACGGGGGCAUGGAACAGUUCGGGGCCAGGAUGCUACCCGGGUAGAAAUCUGGAUACGCCCCUCUGUGCAUCCUGCAGUGGCAUCUCGCAUUAAAGGCAGCGAGUCUGGCAAAGACUCGGAGCAAGAUCGUGGGCUGAGGGCACUGAGUGCAAGUGAUCUCAAUAAGAGAUUUGUCUUGAGUUUUCUCCACACUCAUGGAAAGCUCUUCACUAAAGUAGGGAUGGAGAGCUUCCCAGCUGUGGCCACUCGUGUGUUGGAGGAGUUCCAGGCCCUGCUCCAGCAUAGCCCCUCUCCUCUGGGAAGUACGCGAAUGCUUCAGAUCUUCACAGUCAACAUGUUCACCAUCUACUAUGCUCAGACCAGAGAUAAAGGGCAGGGAGAGGCCCGUUCAGUAUUGGAAGAACAGUCUACUUCUCUGGGUUUGGCCAUGUUUGGGCUGCUGGUGCAGCGUUGCACUGAACUUCUUAAAGAAACACCUGCAGAGCCUAUUCCACUGGAGGAGGUUAAUGAAGUGGAGCCCAUGGUGCGAGUGUCCGCCUUUCCGACUGACCUGCGUGAGCUCCUUCCCAGUGUUAAAGUCUGGUCUGACUGGAUGUUGGGCCACCCAGACCAGUGGAACCCUCCUCCGUGCAGUUUUCAUGGCAGUCCUGAUGUGUGGCAGUGCCUGGCAGAGCUGUGUAAUUCUUUGGCAUCUGUGUACCAUGGUGAGAUUCCACUCUUCAAGGCAGAUGCUGAUGGAGAGAGUGAUGAGUUACGACUACUGGUGCUGGAUGAGGACAGGAUGCUGGCCGGAUUUGUCCCCUUGCUGGCUGCUCCGCAAGAGCCGUGUUAUAUUGAGCCCCAAUCGGAUACCGCCAUGGCAGCUGACUGUAAGAGAGUGACUGUGCUGAAAUACUUCCUUGAAGCCCUAUGUGGCCAGGAGGAGCCUCUGCUCGCCUUUAAAGGAGGGAAGUAUGUUUCCAUAGCAUCGCUGACAUCCUCCAGCCAAUCAACUGAGCACAAGGCCCAAUCGCAGACCAAUGAGCUGUGUCAGGACAACAGUGUAAUCAUUGAGGAGACGUCACUGUCCACAUCGGAAGGAGAGCUGGAUGAAGGGAUGGAUGAACAGGAAAAUGAGAAUGAUAUCCGAGAGCUGAGAGCUCGGCGCUAUGCUUUAGUUCACAAACUAGCAGAACAACAGAAACGGAGAGACAAAAUAAAGGCCGUGCUACAAACUGGAAGCCAGUUGGAGCUGGAGAUCAGGCCUUUCUAUCUUGUCCCUGACACCAACUGCUUUAUCGACCACCUGGAGGGAUUAAAAAAGCUGCUAACGUGUGGCACAUACAUACUGGUGGUACCACUGAUAGUGAUUACAGAGCUGGAUGGCUUGGCUAAAGGGCAAGAAUGCCGUGAUGUAGACUCUAUAGGUUUAGCACCGCAUGCCAGGAUGGUGCAGGAAUCUGCUAAAGCAGCUGUGGCUUUCUUGGAAAACGGCUUUGAGGCCAGAGAGCCUGGCCUGAGAGCACUCACCAGCAGGGGAAACCAGUUGGAGUCAAUUGCCUUCCGAAGUGAGGACACCUCUGGACAUAAGGGCAACAAUGAUGAUGUGAUUCUGUCCUGCUGCCUGCAUUACUGUCAAGACAAGGCUAAAGACUUUAUGCCUGCUCAGAGAGAUGGGCCAGUUCGCCUGCACAGGGAAGUGGUUUUGCUCACCGAUGACCGUAAUUUGCGUGUGAAAGCGCUAACCCGGAAUGUUCCAGUUCGAGAUGUCCCUGCCUUCCUGAGCUGGGCUAAAGUGGGCUGAACAAAGGGAUCACAGGGAAACCUGGAGCCUAUCCCAGGGAGCAUCAGGCACAAGGCGGGGUACACCCUGGACAGGGUGCCAGUCCAUCGCAGGGCACAUAAUCACACACACAUUCAUACACUACUAUUUUGGACAUGCCAAUCAGCCUACCAUGCAUGUCUUUGGACUGGGGGAGGAAACCCCCGCAGCACGGGGAGAACAUGCAAACUCCGCAGACACAGGGCUACGGUGGGAAUCGAACCCACAACCCUGGAGGUGUGAGGCGAACAUACUAACCACUAAGCAACCGUGCGCCGCAUUUAUAACAUGUCUUCUCAUAAACUGUAGUAAUGAAACGAAACAAACAAAAAAAAACAGUAAAACAAAAAUCUUUCUGUACAGCUGUUAACACAUUAUUUGAAACUUAACUUUGUAGAAGUUUUUAUGCUCUGCACAGUUCACAAUGAAAUAAACAUUUUAAUUCUACCAUCAUCCAAAUACUAUAUUUUGUUUUUAUUACGUAUGCAAAUGUGUGCAUAUUUAAUCUAAUGGAGCCUCAUUUGCACAAAUAAAUUAUGUUUUGUCAAAAUGUCAGCAAUCAACUGGUAAAGACUGAUUGUGAUCUCUGCUGUUAAAAAAAUACGCUAUUCACCUGUAGUGUAUUCCACCCUGAACUGGUACAGACCAUAACAAAACUAAGAUUACUAAACUUAUUUGAAGAAAAAUACUAUAUUCCCAGGUAAUUUUCAUGGAUGAAUGUACACCUACUCAUUCAUGCAAUUACUUAAUCAGCCAAUUGUGUGUCAGCAGUGCAGUGCAUAAAAUCAUGCAGAUAUGAGUAAUGUUCACAUCAAUCAGAAUAGGGAAAAAAUGUACUCACUGAUUUUGACCCUUGCAUGAUUGUUGGUGCCAGAUGGGCUGGUUUGGGUUUUUCUAAAAUUGCUGAUCUCCUGGGAUUUUCAUACACAAUAGUCUGAAUUUACUCAGAAUGAUGCAAUAAAGAGAAAACAUCCAGUGAGUGGCAGUUCUGCGGACAGAAACACCUUGAAGAGAGAGGUUGGUGGAGAAUGGCCAAACUGGUUCGAUCUUGCAGAAAGGCUACAGUAACUCGGGUAACCACUCUGUACAAUUGUGGUGAGCAAGCAUCUCGUGGGCUACAACAGCAGAAGAUCAUGUCAGGUUUCACUUCUGUCAACCAAGAGAACGUUUUCUUGGAACACUUUUGGCCUGUUAAUACCAACCAAUCAUAGCUUGCCUAUUUGAGUAUUGUUGCUGACCAUGUUCUAAUGACUACUUCCAACAUGAUAAUGCACCAUCAGAAAGCAAAAUUCAUCUCAAACUGGUUUCAUGAACAUGGCAAUGAGUUCAAUGUUCUUCAGUGGCCUUCCCAGUCACAGUAUCUGAAUCCAAAAGUACACAUUUGGGAUGUGGUAGAACGGGAGAGUCACACCACGAAAGUGAACCUGAAAAAUCUGCAGGAAUUGCACCAUGAAAUCAUGCCAACAUGGACCAGAAUCUCAAAGGAAUGUUUCCAACAUCUUGUGGAAUCCAUGCCAUAUAGAAUUUAAGCUAUUUUAAGAGCAUAACGAUGCCCUACACAGUAUUAGUAUAGUGUUCCUAAUAAUAUAUUUGUUGAGUGUAUGUAUGGAUGAACUUUUUUAUACCACUCAAGCCUAAAACAGCUUAAAGACUUAGAUGAUUAAUUCAUUGCAGUUAUGGGUGAUUUAAAUGGUGCAAAACCAAUAAAACAUUUUUAUUACUGCAAA